UGGCGUCUAUAGAUGGAAUGGUGGUGGAACUUGCUGAAGAUGGGGGAAAUUCGCCGUCUUCAUGGGGUUCCCAAGGCUCUGAGGCGAGUUCAAUACAAUCUCCAGCAGUCCGGGCGUCACCUCUAAGGAAGGAAUUAGCGAACGGUAGCAACUGGACCGAGCAAGAUCUCAAUAAAUUCGGUAUACAGUACAGCCGGAAAAAACCAGAGGAUAUUUUCGAGAUUAUCAAGCCUUAUAUUCCUUCUACACUUCGUCAGCCCAGCGAAAACCUUUGGGAUAAAAAACUCAACGAUGGUCUCCCUAACCAUUCCACACAUAUCGAACUACUGCAAGAUGGUUACCGAUUGGCACUGGAUUUCGACGUUGACUCUUUCGAGCUCCUGAAACUGAUCGAACUUAGCCAGAAUGCUUGCCAGGCUGAACGCAGUGAGUGAAGCCUUUUUGAUCAGCCAGAGGCUGAUGAAUCAGAUUUCAGAUCACUGAAGCAGAAAGUGUUCUUCAGAGAAAGAGAACUGCAGCUGUUAAUUCUCUGAAGAUAGCGUGGAUUCCAACGUAUGAACGACUAAAGACCUUCCUUAAAACCCUCAAGUCUGUCCUGAAAAAAGCUGUCAACUCGCAAAUAAAUGAAGGUACAUUUGUGGACCUGUUCCAAGUUUUUGCUGGAAUGUUUCUAGUACAAUUUAAGUCACAGAGGUCAAAUGGCAUAAAUCGCCAUUUCAGUAGUGAUUGGAGAGAAAAGGAGUUUUAAGAUGGGUGGAAUGAAUGUGCUUUCCAUAAAUGACCUCCGCUACGAUUAUGAAGAUGAAGUGUUUCACAAACCGACAGUAGUAGUUACUGUUGCAGAGGUGAAGAAAACAGCCCAAAAAUCUAAGAAGAGAAAAAAGGUACCCAAACGAGAGUUUGAUCAGUGUGUUAAGAUACGAAAAAUGGACGGAGGAGAUGAGGUAGCCACUACUGACAUAGGUGACUUGCAUGUCGAUGCUGGUGAUGAUUUUCAUGAUGAAGGUGAUGAUGACAUGGACGAUGAUGUUGAAUUUGGCAGUAAACUGCGUGGACAGCUCGGUAUAGAACUUCUAGCCGACAUUGAACGUUCAUGUCUGAUUAAGGUUGAUAACAAGCCCAUGAUUCUGGGAUUGACUGUUGAAGCCACACUGGUCCGACUAACAUGCUUGGAGAUGGACCUCGAUGACUUGAAGAAAAUGCAAGGCAAACCUCCCGAGGAAAAUCCGACUCAUGUAGCAACCAUCUUCUAUACAAAAGCAUAUGACAUGCUGAAGAGGGAUGAACGUGCACAGUUGAUAUACAUUAUGCGGCACCUGUUGUUCCUCUCAAAUGACAAUGAUGCAAAUCUUUUACCCACUGUUCUCUGAGCAAAUGUUGUGACCAUUUAAUACUAGGGCAAUCAUUUGUCACUUUCUCUUGUCUUCUUCUUCCUUUUGCGAUCUCUACUUUCUCUUUUUAUUGCAAUGGACAGAGUGCAGAACGUAGAAAGUUUGAUACAGCUGUGACAUGCAAACAAUAAUGGUGUAAGUUACGAAGAAUGAUGAUGCUUGGCAACGUGAGCACACUAAAUGGUUUGGUGUUUCAUUGAAUUGGUAAAAGAUCAAUAAAUCAGGUUGACUAAUCCAAUAUGGAAUUAUAUGGAUGGAUUUUUCCCAUUGAGUCUGUCAACUAGCAAACACGCUGGCAGUUCUUACGUAAUGAUGAAUAAUGAGCCAUUAAUUUGCAUGUUAAAGUGACAUGAUGAUUGAAAGAGGUAAGACAUGUAAGAGGAGACAGGUGUGUGGUACAUUGGUAUUACUAAACAUUUACAUUCUACAUGUAUUCAUGGCUUAUGGAAUACCAAAAGGCGUGAUGGCUCAAGAACUUGUACAUGUAUCUUGUCCAAAUUUUUUCCGGUUUAGGGGCCAAAUAAUGCCCCAAUUCUCAGUAGAUGGAGGGAGUGUUACAUUGUAUGUCGAGGCCUUUAUUUUUUUGCUGUUGCUGUUUAAAAUUACUGUUAACAAUUUAUCAGUUACCUGACGAGUACCUCUUAGUCUAACACAUAGCAAUGGUCAAGCAGUUCUAUCAGAUAUCAGUAGCUAAAAAUACUUUUUUCUCUCCAACAUUGGGAUUUUCCCACUUUUACAUUUAUGUGCCUGGUGCCCAUGGCCAGAAGUAAUAACAAAGGUAAAGUGCGUUCCAGUCUUCUUUUCGGGGGUCGCCCAAUAUCGUAUGUAAUUCAAUAAUCUACCAUUUAUUUAUUAUAUUUUGUUGUCAGCCUCUUUCCAUUUUGGUAUUCCUUUGUAAUGACAUUCCACAAUAUCUGCCGAGAAACCAUGAUCCUGGUGCCUGGCAAUCUUUUUUUCUGUUUGCUUCACAACUUGAUUCUUUACAUUUACAGUAACAAAGUGUUUGAUGGUUUUUCAUCAUUGUGCCAUGUCUGUAUAUAUUAGUAGCAGUGUUUCUUUGAGUAUUUCUAUUUCUUUAUUGAAUAAUGAGUAAGUGGCAAAACUAAUCGCCGAAGUGGGCCGAACACACAACUCGGUCCGUCGUUGAAAGCAAGGCCAAUGUAAAUUUUCUUUUAUUUUGGAAAAUAUAACCUGACUUACCUGACAAAUACAUUAGAACAUCCUUGUUGAAUUUGAAAGUUUCGAUAUCUAGCAUGGAAAAUAGUAGUGAAUUAACAGAUCCUAAAACAUUUGAAAUUAACAUUCUGUCAGGAACAUACUUGAUAUAGUGACGUUUUGCUCUACCGUUCCGAGAACCAAUUCACCAGACUGACUGUUAUCAUGGUGUCUCGACUUUUCCUAAUACCGUAUACUUUAUCUGGUCAAUCGAAUGUGAAAAAAAGAGGUCAUUUACCACUAAAAUGUUCCAAAAAUUAACCCUCAUUUAUUCGCGAUGGAGCCACCGGGUUCGUUGGCCUGAUUCUUGGUAUCGGCUUUCGAGAACUGAAAAACCUGCCCUCUUGAUGACGUCAUACACAAAAACUUGUCUUCCUCGGUGAAUUCGUUCUUAAAAAAGGAUUGCGAAAGCUCACUAUAAAUUUGAAUGAUAAACUUCAUUAUAUUUACCUCUAGAACAGAGUGAAUGGUGAUGCUGUGCAUUGUGAAUGUCGUGUCUAAGAUCAGAUGACGAUGCACGACGUCAGUCAUUAUUUCAAGCUGGCUGUGGGUCAGCGCUUCUGUUGUAGGGGUGAAUAUCGUAAAGGUUGUCAAUCAAAUCAAGUAUAUGAGAUGUUUUAGAAUCUGUUUAUUCACUACGAUUCUCCAUGCUAGAUAUUUAAACUAGAUAUUCAUGCUAGAUAUUCUACAAGGAGGUUCUAAUGUAUUGGUCGGAGAAGUUGGGUUAUAUUUUCCAAAAUGAAUGAAAAUUAAUGUUAGCCUCACUUUCGAUGACGUCGUCGAGACUGAGUUGUGAAUCAGGGCCAUGUCGCAGUUAGAUUCCGCACCGGUUCCUCAUAGAGAUACUUGAGGGAUAUUAUAUGUAAUAUGGUGAUCUCUUUUGAAUAGAAGGGUGAAUCGCUCUGUUAUUGUGCUUUUUCCAUUUAAAAAUGUAGAAAAAAUUCAUAUACUCUCUCAAUGUGACCUCCAUGAUGAACUGUUAGUGCAUUGUUUUUCAAAGCCUUGUCUAAAUCUUGCUCUCAUUAUUUAGUGACUAUAUGUUUUUUUUAGUGUCUUGAUAUCCUUGAUUCUGAUGAACUCGCUGCAUUUUUGGAGGAUUUCCAAUUGUUAUUUAUAUUUAACCCUUUAGAUCCUGGGGAUUUUUUAUCGAAAUGUCCGUAUUUCCCUGGAAGAUUUUUGUCUGACGACCUCGCCUCCAACCUCUUUGCAAAAUUUUCCAUCAUUUUGUACGGCAACAUAUGAAAAUCUACCGUGCAUUCAAUGCCACUGGUCUUCUAGAACCUGGAUCCGGGGUAUUAGUUCCACUCUCUAUUCGCAGAUGGAAUUGCGAACGCUCUGAACUACUUGACCUGACCGGGCGGGUGCGGCCGUUCAGGGAAAUGUUGACGAAACACGGCGGCCGUCCAGGAUCUAAAGGGUUAACUACAAUAUUAUAUAAGGAUCUGGAGUGCUUUAAAUUUGAAGAUUUCCUUGCUCCUACCCUAAGUCACAGAACCACAACCCUCCCAAUCCAUACAGCUGCAUUGUUACAAUAAUGUUAUCAGUCUGUUUUCAUCGCUGGUUUGAGACUGUAAACUGUAUCCGUCAUGGUCAGUUCUUCCGUCAUGUCAAGUCAAAACACACCACACACAUUUUUUCCCUUGAUGAUUUCAUUUCAGAAUAGAGCUUGUGCUACAUCUGAUUGAGCCUUGAAGGCAUGAAAGGUAACACUGUAUCCACACUGUAUAUACCUCUUGUCAAAAAAAAACAUUUUAGGGAAGGCCAUUUUUCAAAAAGACUCAUAUAAUGUACUUCGUUUUCCCGUUUGCUGUAGUAUGGCAGUGGCAAUAUCUUGAUUGUCAUUUUGAUCAAUUUCUUUUGCAUUUUAUUUUGUUUGUGAUUCCUUGUGACAGGCACAUGUUUUUAGCUCACCUCUUAGCAGAGGUGAGCUUAUCCCAUACCGUGGCGUCUGUCGUCCGUCGUCGUCGUCGUCGUCGUCCGUCGUCCGUUAGCAGGGCACGUUUCGUAACUGUUAGAGCUAUUGAGUUGAAACUUGGUGGCGCAAUGGCAGAGAGCCGGUCACAUAACCGGAAGGUCGUGGGUAUGAUUCCCGGCUGAGUCGCCACUUAGAAACUUCCUACUGGUCGAGUUCAAUCGAGCGCUCAGUAGCUGCUCAUUGAAACCCCAGAUUGAUUUCUGUGGAGACCGGGAUGAUAAUAAUGUAGUCCCAAAAGCGCAUUGAGCAGGGAACCUGGAAAUGCGCUAUAUAAGAACUCAAUUAUUAUUAUUAUUAUUAUUAUUAUUAUUAUUAUUAUUAUUAUUAUUAUUAUUAUUAUUAUUAUAUUAUUAUUAUUAUUAUAUUAUUAUUAUUAUAUAUUAUUAUUAUUAUGUACCCUUAUGUAAUGACACCUUGGAGACCAAGUUUCGGUCCGAUUCGUUUCAUGGUUUGGCCACCAGGGGGCCAAACGUUAAAAGUGAACAUAUGCAAUAUCUCCCUUAAUAGUAGUCGGGAAAUUUUGAAAAAAAUAUGGUAGGUACUUCUAGCAAAGGUGCAUCAUAUAUCCUCCAGGUUUUUGAUUUGACCUCCUUUUCAAGGUCACAGAGGUCAAAUGGUGUAAAUUGGGCGUUAGGAUGUAACGAUGGCACGUUUCUAAACUGCAAUGACUAUUGAUACCAAAUUUGGUACACAUUUACCCCUUAGUCAGGUGAUCUCAGGGACCAAAGUUUGGUCCAAUAUGAUUCACCACUUGACCACCAGGGGGCAAAAUCCAAAAACCUUAAAAAUGUGAUUAUUCCUUAACCUCUUGCCCGAUUGCCACCAAUUUGAUAUCAUGGGUACAUCUAACCACCAUACAGUAUAUGUCACACAGGUUUUUAAUUUGACCUUCUUGUCAAGGUCACAGAGGUCAAAUGGCAUAAAUUCGCCGUCAGGCCGUAACUAUGGCACGUUUCUUAACUGCAAUGACUAUUGAUCACAAAUUAAGUACACAUGGACCCCUUGGUCAGGUGAUCUCAGGUACCGAAGUUUGGUCCGAUCUGAUUUGCCGUUUGGCCUCCAGGGAGGGGGCCAAAUCCUAAAUUCUUCAAAAUGCCAUUAUUCCUAGUAAUGACUUGCCCGAUUGGCACCAAUUUUAUAUCAUAGGUACAUCUAAUUCUAACAACCAUUCAAUGUGUCACCCGGGUCUUCUUUGAUUUGACCUACUUUUCAAGGUCACAGAGGUCGAAUGUACUGUAAAUUGGCCAUUUUGGGGAAAUUGUAAUUGCUUGGACCUACAUCAAACCUAACACUACAUGACACAAUACCAUGCUCUUUAUCCAUCUUUCCUCCACAUGAGGUGAGCACAAUGGCCCUGGCCAUUUCAUUUAUCCAAAUCAGGAAGAAGACUGAAGUCAAUAGAGAGGUUAAGAGUUUGAUACGAAAACGAGGUGAUUUUUAGCUCAGCUGACUAAGUCAGCCGAGCUUGUCAAAUAAGUUGUUCAGUGGCGUCCGUCUGUCCAUCCAUCCAUCCAUCCAUCCAUCCAUCCAUCCAUCCAUCCAUCCAUCCAUCCAUCCGUCCGUUAAACCCAUGGUGCACAUUUUGUAACCGUAAGACCUAGAGACUUCAAUUUUGCAUUUCUGGAUACUUCUGGUCAAACUCUACUUUCAAAACAAAAUUUGUCGCCAUUCGACCUACUUCCUGCGAGCGAGAGUGCAUUAAGGAAACUGGCCUAUAUCGGCCGAGGAGCAGCAGAAUUAGUCGAAAUAUGCUCUAAUAUUAAGAUAAAAUUCUUGAAAAUCUAUUUUAUUGAGAAAAAGUUCAAAAUUUUAACAGGAGAGGGCGCUACCUGCCUUUUAAUUAUUUCUGCCGAUUCAAAUUGCCGCCCGAUGACGUCAGCCAUCAAUGAAGUCUCCUAUUUGCCAGUUCUCAAAACAUGGCAGCUACACAACAAAAGCAGUAGCUCCAGGAAUAAAUCACUGUUCACUUCAGCUUCGUAAUCGAUUGUACCCCCACUUUAUUGUGUUUUGUGUGGUGUUCCUAUUCAAUCAACGAUGUAAGGCCUUAUUAUGUUGGUUUUAAUUGAGAAGGUGCAUUAUAAGCGGCGUACGAAAUACCGAAGCGGAGACAAAAUGGCGGCAUGUUGUUUACGCUAUGUGCAAUAAUCUUGGAGCUCAAUGACACUCAAGUACCCAAUUUUCUGCUUAAAAAGUAGUCUGGUAGGCGAUAUUAUCACUAGUUCGUUUCAGUGGUAGUCAUAAGGUCUUUAGGGACUAAAUUCAGAAAUUAGUUCUUGAAUAUUUGGCGACAUUUCUGUGAAAACGAUAUCGGAAGUGCAUGCUCUGUUCGCGAUGACAUCGCCGAUGUAUUUUGAAGUGGAGAAUUCCCACAGUAUGUGCAGUGAAUCGGCAUGAUUCUGUUCGCCUAUUAUGUUUUAGUUCUACGAUUCUUUCAUGAGUAAAAAGUAGACAUUCUGAGCAAUACAAUAAUGUCACUCCCAUAAAAAUUGAUUGGAAAUUGAGGGAGCUACGGCAUUCUCUUCGGCAACUGGCAGCGCUGAAAAAAUACAUUGCAUACUGUACAAUACCAAAUGGCACAUUUUAAAAAGCGCUCAUUGGACAACGUAGGGCAUCACCAGAAAUGACGUCAUCGCUGGUCUAAAUAGAAAACUACGGUGGCGCAGUAGAGCACAAGAAAAGGUUUAGCAUUAACUUCGUCAUGCAAGCUUCAGCAACAAAACGAUUUCUCAUGAAUGAUUUAUUUGAUCAUCAUCAGCUUGUUUCCCCUGAUAGAUAAAAAAAUGAUUUACAAUUUCCAUCAAAGUUUUCUAUUUUGUGUAUAGUCACAUGUUAUUUAACUGGCAAGGAGCCAAGCAGUUUUGAAUAUUCGCGGGAAAAUACUUCGUACUUGUAAACGAGGCUAUGACAAUGAGUAUCCUCAUUCAUGGCAUAAACUUCAUGUUUCGGUAAAUAUUUUCAUACGAUGAUUUCACCCGAAUUAUGGUCAGGAUUGAGGAAUGAACAGUGGCAUAAUUAUGUCAACCAAAAACAUUGGUACCGUAGUGAACGCAAAAGGAUAUCAAAUACCAUGGAGCAUGCCAUUUUCAUGCAUAAUGAACUAAACACCGGGAAGAUAUUAAUGAUAUUAACUCAGCUGAGCGCCAGGCCCUUGGGCCUCUUGUUUUUCUUCUGGUUGAAGUCAUCGAGUCAAGUUGAUUGUUUUGUAUGGUCGUUUUUAGGCGUACCACAGAUCAACGACACACUGUUGCAUUUCUGACAGUAGGCGACGUGAUAUAGGUCAUCAAAAUGCCACCUCGUUCUCUUUCUAAGAUCAAAAUCUUAACCUCUCUCUCUAAUGUCAUGGGAAAUCUGCAUUACUCUGUGUGGUCUGGAGGGGGUCACCAAGAGUGUGGCGUGUGUAAUGAUGGCAUGUGGUCUUCUCAAAAUGGCCUCUGAAAUUAUGAAAAUAUCAAAUUAUUGUAAAGUGAAAAGGACUUUUCAAUGUGAAUUUCACCGAAAUAGUACAUUGUACUUAAUCUGAUAUGUGAUUGGUUGAUUUGAGUUCCUGCUUUGUUGGGAGAGAAAAGCCUUUGGCUAAUCAGUGGUUAAAAGCCAUGAAUAUCAAUUGCUGCCCCAGGCCUACUGCAUUCUUUUUGGGGUUCUUUACAGCAUCAUUUCUGAACAGGGUGGUUAUAAGUUGGAUCUGAACACUGAAUGCUGAGGAAACUGAAUUUUGAAGAGGUUGGCAUUUUCACAGGAUGUAGAGAGGGGGAAGGUAAAAGAAAUGCAUUACAAAAACUUGUUUUUCAACAGGGUGGCAAAAAAUGUGUAGGCUGUAAAACAGAGGAUUUUUUUCUCUCAAAGGGGUGGACCGCCUUGUUAGAAUGGCGUGUGGAGUAAUUGUUAUUUGUACUUGCCUCCUCAAAAUGUACAUGAGCCUGUUUCAUUUCGGUUCAUUUCAGGAAUUUUAGACAUCUAUUGUAAAGUAACCCCUAAAUUUUUAGAAUCAAAAUGGACUGAAAUGUAUUGCUUCAAUAAAUUCAUAAU